AUGUUCUACCACAGUCAUCAACACCUAUCAGUUCAUCAACCACACAACCAACCACAUCCUCAACUCCUGAAACCACAUCAUCUCCACUGUCCACUACAGAUGGCACUAGUGAGUCCUUUUUCAGACCAGCUCACAAAUGACAUCACACAGAUCAACCUCAGAGUUACUGGUCCAGAUGUUCUACCACAAUCAUCAACACCCAUCAGUUCAUCAACCACACAACCAACCACAUCCUCAACUCCUGAAACCACAUCAUCUCCAAUGUCCACUACAGGUCCAGAUGUUCUACCACAGUCAUCAACACCCAUCAGUUCAUCAACCACACAACCAACCACAUCCUCACCUCCUGAAACCACAUCAUCUCCACUGUCCACUACAGGUCCAGAUGUUCUACCACAAUCAUCAACACACAUCAGUUCAUCAACCACACAACCAACCACAUCCUCAACUCCUAAAACCACAUCAUCUCCACUGUCCACUACAGGUCCAGAUGUUCUACCACAAUCAUCAACACACAUCAGUUCAUCAACCACACAACCAACCACAUCCUCAACUCCUGAAACCGCAUCAUCGCCACUGUCUGCUACAGGUUCUCCACCUCCAGCAUUUCCAGUUUCCUCUGUGGUCACUGGCGUGUCUGUGGCUGUGCUGCUGCUCCUGAUUGGACUCUUAUUCUUCGUUGUGACUCUUAGAAAGAGAAACAAGACUCAAGGUCCAGCAUCAAUCCAAAGCCAAUCACACAGAGGCUCCUCAGACAACCACACAGUUUCCCGUGAUGUCUAUGUCUAUGAGGAGGUUAAAGACAUUCCUGUCUCAGAUGCUGGAGCUUCCACAGUCUACUCUACUGCUGAACUACCGACAAACCCCUCAGAACCUUCUCAGACUCUUUAUGGUAAUGUCCAGUUAUCCACAAACCCCUCAGAACCUUCUCAGACUGUUUCAACGUACACAACCGUGAAUUUCAGCAAGAAUGCAGAUAGUUCUACUGAUGCUGUUCCCACGGCAACCAUCAACAAGGAGAACGACUCAUGUGACUACGCCACAGUCAAAUGUUAGUGGAAGUAGUUUUCAUGCUACGCUUGUAUUCUCACCCAUUUUCUAGUCUUUUAUUUCUUGAAGUCUGUAAAUGUGUUAUUUGUCAUUGUGGUUAACCGCUUAAAGGUCCAGGGUCCACCGACAGGCCCAAAGAGUCGAUCAGCUAGUUUACAUUGAAGAUCCUGUAGUUAUUAUAUAAUAAGCUUUAGUAUGUAAUAAGCCUUGGAUUUGAAGUUGAUCAUAUGAUGCAUGAAGUGUUUUGCAAUUGGUGAAACACGCGGGUGUUUUGUGUGAUUUGUUGUUUUAUAUGUAUAUGGUAGAAGAUGCACAGCUACAGUUUAUUUUUGCUCAUUUAGUCAAACUAAAUGUCCAAAAGUUUGUGGACACUCCUUCUUAUUAGUGACUUUGGUUGCUCACAGCUUGUAUAACCCCCAUAGAAAAGCACUAACCAAUAGAACGGGAGGCUCUGGAGCAGCCGCACAUGAGCCUAAGGUCACCAUGCCCAACGAAUCCCAGCAUUGAGCUGAGGAGCAGAGCUGUGUUCCCUGGAGUGAUGUCGCUCCAUCCCACACCUUUGGGAUGAGUUGGAGUGAUCAAGCGCUGGUCAUCAAACAUCAAUACCUGAUCUCACCAGUGCUCCCACUGCUAAAUGCAAUCAAAUCCUCACAGCAAUAUUACAAUAUUUAGCGUAAAGCCUUCCCCAAAUAGUAGAGACACGUACUGCAGCAGAGGGGAAGAAACUCCAUUUUAACAGUCUUUUUUCUGAAGGAAACAUUGGAGGAGUAUGUGUCCACAAACUUUUGGCCAUAUAGUGUAUUUCUGAAGAAUUACUCAGUAACUGCUAUGAAACAAAUAUGUAAGCUGUAUAGUUAAAAGACUGAAUCAUAA